AACAAUCAACCAUGACGACCGAAUCUGGCUCAGACUCCGAACCCAAGCCUGAGCAGGAGGCCGAGCCCCAGGAGGCAGCGGGUCCACAGGGGCCCGUGGAGGCGCAGCCAGGGCCAGAGGAGCAGCACCAGGCCUUGGAGCAGUUUGCAGCUGCUGCAGCACACAGCACCCCUGUGAGGAAGGAGGUCACUGACAAGGAACGGGAAUUUGCUGCUGGGGCUGCAAAACAGCUCGAAUAUCAGCAACUGGAAGACGAUAAACUCUCUCAGAAAUCAUAUAGCAGUAAACUCUCUCGAUCUCCAUUGAAGAUUGUCAAAAAGCCUAAAAGCAUGCAGUGCAAAGUGAUACUUCUAGAUGGAUCAGAGUACACCUGUGAUGUGGAGAAACGCUCCAGAGGCCAAGUGCUGUUUGAUAAAGUAUGUGAACAUCUGAACUUGCUAGAAAAAGACUACUUUGGGCUUACAUAUCGAGAUGCUGAAAACCAGAAGAAUUGGUUGGACCCUGCUAAGGAAAUUAAAAAACAGAUUCGAAGUGGUGCUUGGCAGUUUUCAUUUAACGUGAAAUUUUACCCACCAGACCCCGCCCAGCUAUCUGAAGAUAUCACCAGGUACUACCUCUGCUUACAAUUGCGAGACGACAUCGUGUCCGGAAGGCUACCCUGCUCCUUUGUCACCCUUGCCCUGUUGGGCUCCUACACUGUCCAGUCAGAACUUGGAGACUACGACCCAGAUGAGUGUGGGAAUGAUUACAUUAGUGAGUUCCGCUUUGCACCAAAUCACACUAAAGAACUGGAAGAUAAAGUGAUCGAGCUGCACAAGAGUCACAGAGGUAUGACGCCAGCAGAAGCCGAGAUGCAUUUCUUGGAAAAUGCCAAAAAACUGUCCAUGUACGGGGUAGAUUUACAUCAUGCCAAGGAUUCUGAAGGAGUAGAAAUUAUGUUAGGAGUUUGUGCGAGUGGUCUGUUGAUAUAUCGUGACCGACUGCGGAUAAAUAGAUUUGCCUGGCCUAAGGUUCUAAAAAUUUCAUACAAACGGAACAACUUUUACAUUAAGAUCCGCCCGGGAGAGUUUGAACAAUUUGAAAGUACCAUUGGAUUUAAACUGCCAAACCAUCGAGCUGCCAAGCGUUUAUGGAAAGUAUGUGUUGAACACCAUACUUUUUUCAGAUUGUUGUUACCAGAAGCACCUCCAAAGAAAUUCCUUACGUUGGGCUCCAAGUUCCGGUAUAGUGGCAGGACGCAAGCCCAGACCAGGAGGGCCAGUGCGCUGAUAGACCGCCCAGCCCCUUACUUUGAACGCUCGUCCAGCAAACGUUACACCAUGUCUCGCAGCUUGGACGGAGAGGUUGGCACUGGCCAGUACGCCACAACAAAGGGCAUCUCUCAGACCAACUUGAUCACCACUGUGACCCCGGAGAAAAAGGCCGAGGAGGAGCGUGACGAAGAAGAAGAGAGGCGGAAAAAGGCAGAGGAAGCCACUCCCGUUGCAGCGGUCCGGCACGAGGGAAAGUCACCUGGGUUUGGCACUGACUCAUGUCCCCUGUCCCCGCCAUCAGCCCAUUGUCCCGCCGCAUCUCCCACAGGGCUCCGUAGGAGGUGUAAGGAGAAUGACCACCAGCCUCCAGGUUUCAAGCCGUCUAAAGACACCGUGCCCGUGCACGGAGAGCCCUCCGUGGACUCUGACGGCAAAGGGAAGCCGUACCUAGGGGACCAAGAUGUGGCUUUUAGCUACAAACAGCAACCUGGCAAAGGGGCCACUCUGUUCUCCUUCUCCUUGCAGCUCCCUGAGUCAUUCCCUUCUCUUCUAGAUGAUGACGGGUACCUCUCCUUCCCCAGCCUGUCCGAAAGCAGCCUCCUCCCCCAGAGCUUGCAGCAUUACCUCCCCAUUCGCUCACCCUCCCUCGUGCCCUGUUUCCUUUUCAUCUUUUUCUUUCUGCUCUCCGCCUCCUUCUCAGUGCCAUAUGCCCUUACUCUCUCCUUCCCUCUGGCUCUGUGCCUCUGCUACCUGGAGCCCAAGGCGGCCUCCUUGACUGCCUCACUAGACAAUGACCCGAGUGACAGUUCAGAGGAAGAGACGGACAGCGAGCGCACAGACACAGCGGCCGAUGGGGAAACCACCGCCACAGAGUCGGACCAGGAGGAAGAUGCAGAGCUCAAGGCACAGGAGCUAGAUAAAGCUCAAGAUGACCUGAUGAAACAUCAAACCAAUAUUAGUGAGCUGAAAAGAACCUUUUUAGAAACCUCCACAGACACUGCCAUCAUGAAUGAAUGGGAAAAGAGGCUUUCUACCUCCCCAGUGCGACUAGCCGCCAGGCAGGAGGAUGCACCCAUGAUAGAACCACUUGUACCUGAAGAGACUAAGCAGUCUUCUGGUGAAAAGCUCAUGGAUGGCUCUGAAAUCUUCAGUUUAUUAGAGUCUGCGAGGAAACCAACAGAAUUCAUAGGAGGGGUGACCUCCUCUUCUCAGAGCUGGGUUCAGAAAAUGGAAACCAAGACGGAGUCCAGUGAAACAGAGACCGAAACAACCCAGCACCCCCAGCCACUUAGCGCUGAGAAGGUUGUGCAGGAAACUGUGGUGGUGGAGGAAAGACAUGUGAUGAAUGUGCAUGCCAGUGGGGAUGCUUCUUACGCGGCUGGAGACGACGCGGAUGCUGCAGCACAGGCAGCAUCUGCUGAUGCCUCUAGCGUUAAAGGGAAGGAGGGCUCUGCUCUGACCGAGGGGGCUAAAGAGGAAAAAGGGGAGGUGGCCGGUAAAGCUGUCCUGGAACAGGAAGAAAUAGCCACUGCUUCCCGUGAGCCAGAGGAGGAGCAGAGUGUAGCAAUCCACGUUUCUGAAACUUUGGAACAAAAACCUCAUUUUGAGGCAUCCACUGUGAGGACAGAAACCAUCAGUUUCGGCAGUGUUUCACCAGGAGGAGCAAAGCUAGAAAUUUCUACCAAGGAAUUGCCAGUCGUUCACACAGAAACCAAAACCAUAACAUACGAAUCAUCAGAGGUUGAUCCUAGUGCUGAUUUGGAGCCGGGCGUGCUAAUGAGCGCACAGACGAUCACAUCUGAAACCACCUGUUCCACGACCACCACGCACAUCACCAAGACUGUGAAAGGAGGCAUUUCAGAGACGAGAAUUGAGAAGCGAAUAGUCAUCACGGGCGAUGCGGACAUCGACCAUGACCAGGCGCUGGCUCAGGCAAUUAAAGAGGCCAAAGAGCAGCACCCUGACAUGUCAGUGACCAAAGUAGUGGUCCAUAAAGAGACAGAGAUCACACCAGAAGAUGGAGAGGAUUGACCCCAGGAAUAACUUAGCCUGCACAGGAAUCCAGUCAUGCAAACCGUUAGGAAAACCAGAGCCUAUAUGGAGUUCCCUCUUCUAACCCCACUGACUUGUAUCUGCCCGUGGAAACUUUCAGUCCAGAAGAACAGCCCUUGACCGUUAAUUAAAGACACUGGCAGAGAGAUCUUCCCAUAAUAAAGCAAUCCGAAUCAGCAUCACUAAACUGAUAUUGCAUGAAGCAACGACAAAAUUACGAAAGAGCAGCAUUUUUAAUUUUCACAAAAUGUCUAAGUUUUCAGCUAUACCUGCACGUUCAUAACCAACAAUAUAAACCGUGAUCUCAUAUAACACGUAACCAAUCCAUGCCUUUUAUAGUUUAUUAUUAUUAAAGUCUAAAAACAAAAUUGCAGUUUCUUAGGUGACAGAUCUUUUGUUUACAAAUAAAUGAAGAUUACCCUACGAUGCUAGAAGCUGUCUAGGUCCGGUGUGUCAGGUUUAUCCCAGAUUAGAUGUGCCAAUAACCGAGUCUAUUCAGUAAACACUUGAAUCUUGUACUUGUUUCAUCUGGUUUUAUUACUCUUAACCCAUAAACAGUGAUGACUCUCUGAUCCUCUGGAAAUACUUACUGCUUCCAAUCCUCUUUGUGUGUCUAAUUUAAUUCAUUAUAAGGUAGUACUGAUUUUAGCAUAUUAAUGUGAUUUCUUCCUUGUCGUCCACUUUGGUCCACAUUGAAUCUUAAAAGCUUUCCAGAGUUCCCUAUCAAAUCCUAAAUAUGUAAACUGUCAUUAUUUGGGGAAGAAAAUAUGUAUUUUUGUUAGUUCACGAUAUUAUGAAAUUUCACUUCAGAAAAACCUGUUGAGUUCCUGUUGGGGUUUUUUUCCUUUUUUAAUUUCUUUUUUCUUAUAUUUUUAAAUUGAUUUUUCUUCUUUGACUUGAAAAAACUGUUUUAUUUCCAAAUCUGGUCCAUAUUUACAACCUAGUUCAGAGCCAAGCCUUAAACUGUACAGACUUUCCACUGUAAUUAAACUAUUUACUGUUUAGUUAUAAAUAGACUUCAAAAAGAUAUAUUCUCCAUUACACUGUCUACCGCAUCACUCAGCCCAUGGUGAAUGUAUGUUUCUGCAUAGCAAAAUAAAAAUGGUAAAUGCGC